CCAUCUGCGCGUGACCUCACUUCAGUCACACAGCGGCCCCAGAAACUGCUGAUUUAUUGAUGUGUGGAGUGAUGUGAUUAAUCAGCAGAUUGUGUCGUCAUGAGCGACAGAACCCCGGCGUGCCGCAGCGGACAGAUCAAGCCGAGCACGAGCAGUGUGACGAUGGAGGAUCGCGACGUGUUGCGGCGUAUGGAGAGGGAAAGGAGGAGUCAGGAGGUGCUGCAGGAGGAGACGCAGGACGACAGGAUUGCUCCUCUCUUCAGUGAGCCGUUUAAGAGAAUCAGAGGUGACAAGCUGUCGAAUCGCAUUCAGAGCAUGCUGGGUAAUUACGAGGAUGGCUCGGAUGAGUUCCCUGUGGUGUGUGUCCUCGAGCUGGACGGUCCCCCGCCUCUGGGUCCCCCUGUGCUCCCACUGUCUCCUCUGCCAGCCAGUGACUCGUCCUCGUCUCCGGACCUCAGCAUCCACAGGCCGGACGUCCCGCCGCUCACGCUGACGCUCAACUUACCCUGCAAACUGGCCAACACCAAGAAGCCCACGGCGUACGUGAGGCCGAUGGACGGUCAGGAUCAGGUGACCAGCGACUCUCCACGACUGAAGGCCUCACCGGGGCGCUCACAGGACCUGAAGGAGAGCAGCGAACCAAGCUUGCCCCCUCUGCAGUCUGUUGAUGCUAGCGUCGACUCGGUGCGUGUCGUGUCUGGCAAACGUGCGGAGGACAUUCUGCAGGAAAUGACCUCAUGGCCUCCACUGUUAAUGAGCAUUUGUACGCCGAGCUCAGCCGAGCCACCGAAGGCCCUCGACACUAACGAGGAGUCGCAUGGAUUCACUGCUCUCAAAGCUCAUGAAUCAUCAGACGGUGUUCAGCGGGAACAGCAUGUAGCUUCCGGCAGCUCCAGUGACUGUGACAGCAGUUCAGAAACUGACAGUGAGAACAACAGAACCCCAGAUCAACCAGCAGCUGAUGAACCAUCAAACACACAGACACAGACAGGCUGUGACUGGCAUUUGGGAAGAUGGUUAGAAAGGAAAGAAGACCAGCACCAGCAGUUCCCUGGGAGCCCAUGUGAUAUCAUCAAGGCCAACUCCCACGAUACCGCUGGAAGGAUCGAGGCUGCAGGUCAGCAGGGUUGCUAUAGUAACCAAUGCGACAGUGGGAGAGUGGCCGAUGGCAGACAGACUGUGGAAAACACAUGCACGCGUGGGAAUCUGCCAUUAGGAAGCACAAGCGUGGAAAUUUCCCAGCAGGCUGAAAAUGCCUCCACGUGCAGAUCGAAACACAAGAGAGUGAAAUCGUCACGUGACACAAAGCAGAAGAAAACCACAACAAUAGCCAACAUUAGCAAACAAACAUGCGGGAAACCACUGCUGCUGGUCAAGAUCCAGCUGAACCUGCUCUCCAGAAUCCCCCAGGAGCCCAGAAUCCCCCAGGAGUCCAGAAUCCCCCAGGAGCCCAGAAUCCCCCAGGAGUCCAGAAUCCCCCAGGAGCCCAGAAUCCCCCAGGAGCCCAGAAUCCCCCAGGAGUCCAGAAUCCCCCAGGAGCCCAGAAUCCCUCAGGAGCCCAGAAUCCCUCAGGAGCCCAGAAUCCCCCAGGAGUCCAGAAUCCCCCAGGAGCCCAGAAUCCCCCAGGAGCCCAGAAUCCCCCAGGAGCCCAGAAUCCCUCAGGAGCCCAGAAUCCCCCAGGAGCCCAGAAUCCCCCAGGAGCCCAGAAUCCCCCAGGAGCCCAGAAUCCCCCAGGAGCCCAGAAUCCCUCAGGAGCCCAGAAUCCCCCAGGAGCCCAGAAUCCCCCAGGAGCCCAGAAUCCCUCAGGAGCCCAGAAUCCCCCAGGAGCCCAGAAUCCCCCAGGAGCCCAGAAUCCCUCAGGAGCCUAAAGCAGCCCGACACCGGACCGGCCAGACCACCGCAUGCAAGAGAACUGUGAGACCAACCUUCAAGAAACCAGCGGCUGAGAGCGAUGAAAAGUUUCCAAAUAAGAAACAGAAACUGGACGUUGAGGGAAAAAAGUGUUUCUCUUCUCAGCAGAGCCUUCACCAAAAAGAAGCCUCUAAGAGCAGCAAGACCAUGAUGAUGAUGAUGAAGAAGAAGAGGAACAAGAGCACGAAACACAGCUCCAGUGUUCCUCCGGAGCCACAGAGAGACGUUGGACAGCUCAGGAAAGCAGAGGCUCAUGGGAAGCAGAAGCACUGCAAGAGCCGAAGCAUCUUCCCAGAGGAACCUCGUCCCCCAACCCCUGAAGCCCACAGGCAGCGCUCUGUGGAAGAUCAUAUGAAGGAAGCCAAAAAACUGAAGCACAAAGCAGAUGCUACGCUGGAUAAGAUGGCUAAAGCGCUCUGCUAUCUGGAGGCUGCGCUGGCGUUUGUGGAGAGCGCCAUCGCCAUGGAGACGGAGCCGGAGACGCCCAAAUCCGCCUACACCAUGUUCUCUGAGACGCUCGAUCUGAUCAGGUUUAUACUCAAACUGAAGAACUACACGGAUCCCUCCGCCACGGCCCGAGAGAGAGACUUCUUCAUCCUGUGUCUGCGCUGCCAGUCUCUGCUGUGUGUGUGUGUGUGUGUGUGUGAAUCAGUGUGUGUGUGUGUGUUCUGCAGUCUGCGCUGCCAGUCUCUGCUCCAGAUGGCCAUGUUCCGCUACAGACGGGAUUCGGCGCUCAGAUACUCGCGGACGCUCGCCGAUCAUUUCAGAAGCUCAUCAUGGUCUGCGUCUCCCUCCGUGUCCAAGAGUUCAGUCGUGUCUCCCGUGAGCUCAGGAUCAGGAUCGCUCGUCGUUCCUCAGCACAUCCAGCAGGCGGCGGCGUCUUACGUUAGCAUCACCACACUCUUCCUCAGCGCUCACGAGAUCUGGGAGCAGGCCGAUGACCUCAUGACCUCGGGCACUGGUUUGCUGCGAGAGCUGGAUUCAUCCGUCGCUCCUCUGAGUCUGACGGCCUCCAUGAUCUCAUUAGUGACGUACAUUCGUCUCGGGCUCCGCCGGAUCAGAUGCGACACACAGAACCAGAAAUGAUUGACACCCAGAGGAUGAUUAAAAGUUUUGAUUAAAAUACAGUAGAAAUGAAACAUCAGUAUGAAACUCUAUCUAUUUAUGUUGUGCCCCUGAUUGUGCCGUGGGAGUUUCGGCUGGUUUUCUAUAACCUUAUCAAACUCAUAAAGGGCAAAAGUCUUAUUUGAUUAAUUGCCAAAUCUUAAUUGCAGAUGUGUUUGUGUGUCACAUUGUGUUUGUGAAAAAAAGAAAAAAAAAAGAAACUAGUUUUGGUGCUGGGUGACUUUUUUUCGGGUGACUGAGUUCAGUAUUGAGGACUGAAGACCCUUUUCUCAGGAUCCAUUUGGAUAUGAAUUGAAUAAAUCUUUAUUAUCCUU